UUUGAACAAUUGUAGGGGAAAACACGCACUCGCGGACUACGGAAAAUCCCACUGCAUCGAGUCAGCCUCCAGACGGACAACAGCAUACGCCAAGUGGAGCACAGCUUAGUAAAUAGUCAACAACAUGGAUCACCUUGGACCGCUUUGCCUUAUGAUAAUUUUAAUGCUGCAUUGCGUAUACGCAGAGUAUUACUCGAGGACAGCUCCGCCGAUAGUGCUCUUUAAUCCUUUUAAUGGCCAGGAAAUGGACCCAAGACUCUUUGGAGCUGUACACUUGCGUUCUUCGAGAGAGACAAAUUCGCCAAGUGUGAAUGACAAUAUGGUUCAGUUGCCCAGCAUGGGAUCGCCGUGCUCUUGCGAGGAUUAUGUUUGCAAGUGCUGUAUGGGAUUAGGAUUGGGUGUUGUAAAUCAGACCACAUGUGUCAAGAUCCAGUACGAUUGGAGGGUGUUUGGUGUGACGGUUUUCAUCGAGUCUAAUGAUCAUUUGCUGACAAGUUUCGGCCUUUCGGCACGUAAUAUGCCGGAUUUCUGUGCACCACUGCUUUUGCCUAUUCCGUUGUUCACCUGCCUGCGUUUCUCAAACAUAGAGGUUGUGGAUAUGGACAACAAUAUCCACCUAUGCACUUCAUUAGUGUUCAAAAUAAUUUUCAGUGAGAUCUAUGAGUAUAAAUUCAGUUGCUUUCAAUUGGGCCCGAAAGGCGUUUCCAUUGUGCAGGAUAUGAAUCCUUCAGAGAAGCAAGCAGAUCAACCGUUGUCUCAGCCCGAAUAGUCUAAUGCAUAAGUACUUGUAUUAAAUGUUAUCUAAGUGCUUUGUAAUGUACAUCCAUCCAUCCGCCGCUCAUUCUAUAUUAUAUUAAAUCUAACAAAAAAGUGAAA